CCAUACUAUGGAUUGGUGCUGAAAAUUAUAGGAAAGGACAAACCAUUCAUUUGGUUGUGGUAAACCACUCAAAUUUUGUAUUAACGAUUGUUUUUAAUAAGGUCUGGAUGAUCUCUUUAUGCAAAAGAAGUAGAUUUCCUUUCUCAAACUUCCUAAAGAAUGCUCUUAGAGGAAGUAGAUUGGGUGGACAAACCACUCGUAAUCAUCAAACAACAACCAAAACUUCUAGAAAUAGACAGUUGUUUUGGUCUAGCAUAGUUGCAGGCUCACUUGGAACUGGUGUGAUUCUGCUAUAUGGACAAAACACAUUAAAUGCUCGAUCAAAGUUAAAAGUUGCGCCACCCACCCCACCCCUGUACUCAAAGGAUGAUGUUGCCAAACAUAAUUCUUUGGAGAAUGGUAUAUGGGUGACUUUUGAAGGUCAGGUAUAUGACAUUACUCAGUUUGUGGACCAACAUCCUGGGGGGAAGAAAAUUUUACUUGCUGCAGGGGGGGCUAUAGAGCCUUUCUGGGCAAUGUAUGCAGUUCAUCAAACUGAGGAAGUUCGUAAUAUGUUGGCAGAAUAUAGGAUUGGAGAAUUGAAGGCAGAAGACAAAAAGUCAACUCUAGAUCUUAGUGAUCCGUUCCACAACGAUCCAGAACGCCAUCCAUCGCUUGUAGUUCGCUCUAGUAGACCCUUCAAUGCAGAAACACCACUCUCCCUACUGGGGGACAGUAUCGUUACCCCUAACACGCUCUUCUACGUCAGAAAUCACCUCCCGGUUCCCGAAGUCGAUCCGAAGACGUAUCGACUACAGAUCGAUCUUGAAAACGGCGGGAAACCGGUUGAUUUUGAUCUUGAAGAACUAAAAACAAAGUUUCAGCAACAUACUCUGACGGUUGCGAUUCAAUGCGCGGGAAAUAGACGAGAUGAAAUGAACGUUAUUAAGAAAGUUAAAGGUUUGACUUGGGCUGAAGGUGCUAUUGGAAACGCGAAGUGGACUGGAGUCAAGUUAAAGGAUGUUUUAAUGGCGGCUGGUUUUAAAGAAAGAAGUGACUACACUGGAAAACAUAUACAGUUUGAAGGUUUAGAUAUGGACGUUUCUAAAGCUCCGUAUGGUGCCUCCAUAUCCCUUAGCAAAGCUUUGGAUCCUAGCAGUGAUGUAUUGAUAGCCUUUGCGAUGAACGGUGAAGAUAUCCCCAAAGAUCACGGAUAUCCCGUUAGGAUCAUAAUACCCGGUGUUGUAGGUGCCCGUCAAGUGAAAUGGUUGAGCAAGAUUGUGAUAGCGGACGAAGAAAGUCGUUGUCACUGGCAACGCAACGAUUACAAAGGAUUCUCUCCUUGUACAGACUGGGAUACAGUAGACUUUACUACCAUGCCAUCCAUACAAGAUCUACCCGUGCAGUCUGCCAUAUGUGAGCCAGUGAACGGUGCUUUGCUCGAGGAGGGAACUGAAGAGUUUACUGUCAAAGGUUAUGCUUGGAGUGGUGGUGGACGUGGUAUCGUCAGAGUUGAUGUUUCUCCCGAUGGAGGAAAAACAUGGCAGAUAGCUGAUCUCAAGAAGACGGAGCAACCGGAUGGUAAGGCAUGGGGAUGGACUCUUUGGGAGGCGACGAUACCCGUGGAGAAUCGUGAAACUGUCGAGGUUUGUUGUAAGGCCAUAGAUUCUUCCUACAAUAGUCAACCGGAAAAUGUAGCUCCAAUAUGGAACUUACGGGGGGUCCUGUCCACCGCCUGGCACAGGAUAAAAGUCACUAUCCCCCCUGAGAAUUAAUGCAUUUGCAACGUCAAAUUGAAAUAUCGUAAAAACUCAAGCUUAGCGAAGGUUUUUACUUAGAAAAUAGUUAAUUAAUGCAGCAUUUUUAAAAAAUAUUGGAACGUUUAACGUCGUCUUGUGAUGGCUUGCUAUCUGACGGUACGUCUUGUCGUAGUAUGUAGAGCCUUAGCAAUUGUCAUUCACCAUACAAUGUGGUAAUUUGAGCGUAAUUUUUACUUGUAUCGACAUUCAUCAUGUAUGACUGCUUAAAAUGUAUGUAAAAAUUUCCCAGACUUGGA